ACAAAUCUAAUCAUUUGCGGGAGGGAGCGAAAAUCUUGUAGGAAAUUGAACCAUAGACAACUUACUUUUUUUUCAAUUUUCCUAUGACAUCUAGUGUUAAAGUUCUACAAAAUAGUCAGUCUAUGGUGCAAAAUGGCGUUGAAAGCACUCGUCGGACAAAAGAUUAUGAAUGAGGUGAUCCGCUAUCGCGGACCCAAAGGCAAGGAGUCUCAGCGUAUAGAAUGGCGGAUCCUCAUAGUAGACCAGCUCUCCAUGCGCAUGGUAUCUGCAUGCUGCAAGAUGCAUGACAUUUCAGCAGAAGGAAUAACAUUGGUUGAGGACAUCCACAAAAAACGGGAGCCAUUAUACACUAUGGAUGGCAUUUACUUGAUUACACCGUGCGAGAAGUCAGUACAUGCCCUCAUCAAUGACUUCUCAGUGGGCAACCGCAUCAUGUACAAGGCAGCUCACGUUUUCUUCACUGAAGUAUGCCCUGAGGAGUUGUUCAACGAAUUGUGCAAAUCUUCGGCUUCAAGAAAAAUCAAAACUCUGAAAGAAAUCAACAUUGCUUUCUUGCCAUAUGAGAGUCAGGUGUUCUCUCUGGACUCUCCGGACACAUUCCAGUGCAUGUACAACCCAGCGCUCACACAGACACGCAAUGCCAACAUGGAACGCAUUGCUGAACAAAUUGCUACCCUGUGUGCCACCUUGGGGGAAUAUCCCUCUGUACGAUACCGGAGUGACUGGGAGCGCAAUGUAGAACUGGCUCAACUUAUUCAGCAGAAAUUGGAUGCCUAUAAGGCUGACGAGCCAACAAUGGGCGAGGGUCCGGAGAAGGCUCGCUCGCAGCUGCUGGUGAUGGACCGCGGCUUCGACUGCGUGUCGCCUCUGCUGCACGAGCUCACGCUGCAAGCCAUGGCCUACGACCUGCUGCCCAUCGAGAACGAUGUCUACAGAUAUGAAUCUCAAGGAAAUCAAAAAGAAGUGCUUUUGGACGAGAACGAUGAACUAUGGGUGGAGCUGCGGCAUCAGCACAUUGCGGUGGUGUCCACUUCAGUCACCAAGAACCUCAAGAAGUUCACUGAAUCCAAGCGCAUGGGAGGAGGCGAUAAACAAUCCAUGCGCGAUCUGUCGCAAAUGAUCAAGAAGAUGCCGCAGUAUCAGAAGGAGUUGUCUAAGUACGCGACUCACCUGCGCCUGGCCGAAGACUGCAUGAAGGCAUACCAGGGAUAUGUAGACAAGCUUUGCAAGGUGGAACAGGAUCUUGCAAUGGGCACUGAUGCGGAAGGUGAAAAAAUCAAAGAUCACAUGAGAAGUAUUGUGCCUGUUCUUCUUGAUCAGAACAUCAAGAACAACGACAAGAUGCGUAUAAUCGCGCUGUACAUAAUGUCCAAGAACGGCAUCUCGGAGGAGAACCUCAACAAGUUGGUGACGCACGCGCAGCUCGAGCCCUCCGAUAAGCAGGCGCUGCUCAACCUCGCCAACCUCGGCCUCAACGUCGUCGUCGACGGCAACAGAAAGAAGCAGUACCAAGUGCCGCGAAAGGAGAGAAUUACUGAACAGACCUAUCAGAUGUCGCGAUGGACACCCGUACUUAAGGACUUGAUCGAAGAUUCCAUCGAUGACAAGUUAGACCAGCGCCAUUUUCCUUUCCUGGCGGGCCGCGCUCAGUCGUCUGGGUACCAAGCACCUACCAGCGUACGCUAUGGACACUGGCAUAAAGACAAAGCUCAACAGACCAUCAAGAACGUCCCACGGUUGCUUGUAUUCAUUGUUGGAGGCGUAUGUUUCUCCGAGAUCCGUUGCGCGUACGAAGUGACCGCCGCCCUUAAGAACUGGGAGGUCAUCAUCGGCUCGUCUCACAUCCUCACGCCGGACAAUUUCCUCUCGGACCUCAGCUCUCUCACCGCCUAAACCCCAAGUAACAUACUUAACCAUUCAGGUUUCUUCAUUAUCGUCAUUAAACUGCAUAGUUUACGGUUAAACGUGUAGGGGAAUAUGAAGAUUAUUGUCUAUGGUCUGGGUGUCAUUUUGAAUUUUGUUCUUCAAUCUUCCAAGUACAUUUAAAUGUGUAGGGGAUUAAGAAGAUUAAUUGUCUAUGGUCCGGGUGCCAUCUUGAAUUUUGUUCUUCAAUCUUCCAAAUACAUUUCAAUGUGUAGGGGAAUAUGAAGAUUAAUUGUCUAUGGUCAGGGUGCCAUCUUGAAUUUUUUUCUUCAUUCUUCCAAAUACCUUUACGUGUAGGGGAAUAUUAAGAUUAAUUGUCUAUGGUCCGCGUGCCAUCUUGAAUUUUGUUCUUCAAACUUCCAAAUACCUUUAUAUGUGUAGUGGAAUAUGAAGAUUAAUUGUCUAUGGUCCGGGUGCCAUCUUGAAUGUUGUUCUUCCAUCUUCCAAAUUGUAAUAUGUAUUAGUAUGGAUUAAGAACAAGAAACAGAUGAAAAAAUAAUGGCAAUAAUUUAGUAUUUUAUGAGCAUCUUUAUGAAUCCUUAUAACCCUUGAAAGUUCCAAGAUGACAUUUUAGAAACAAUACAAGAUGUUGACUCGUCUUAGUUAAUAAAAUCUUCGAAACCCGUUUGUUUACUUAGAAAACUUAUAAAAUAUCAUUAUAAAAUGUAUUUGAUAUAAUGCAAGUUAACUAUAGUUAAAACAUUAACACAUUUGUAUUUAUGCUGAUUUAAAACAUAUUAUAAUUAUGGAUAUACAUUAUUAUAAUUAUGGAUAUUAAAAUUGUUGUUUUGAUUGGUGGCAUGUUUCUCUACCAAUAAUAUUCGUUGUAAUAUCACAUCACACCAUUAGUUUAAGAUAAUGCUGAUUUAUAUUUAAAAAAAAUAAUUACCAAGGGUGAAAUAUCUAUAUAGACUAUAUAGUAUUGUAAUAAUAGUUUUAAUUUAUAAAAGCUUAAAUAAUAAUCUUGAUUUUUUAUUUUGGGGUACACUCUGAGUGUCUUUUUUGUAUAUUUUGUGUUACCUUUGUUUCUGCCUAAUUAAGUUGGUGAAAAUGUAAUUAGCUUUUGUAUUAUACACACUAUUUUAAGAUAAAUUGGUAUUAAAUCACAUUACAAAGUGAUUAAUUUCACUGUCUUGCUUUCCAAAAGGUCUACAAAGUUUAUAAUGGGACCUCAUGUCCUUUAAUGUGUGAUAUAGUUUGCAAUUAAUUACAUGUUAUGUUUAUAUUAUAUUCCGUUAUAAUAUCUAUAUCGUUAAUGUUUUAGAACUUUUAAAAUAUGUAUAAUACAUUAUAUAAUUAAUGUUGACCAGAAUUUUAGUUACUAGGUAAUCUUAGUUAGUAUUUGUAUUGUUUGCUAAAUAUGCGUAUUACAUAAAAAUUAACAUAAUCGAUUUUAAUAAAUUAUUCAGUAAAAUAGUAAUUAACAAUAAUUGUUGUAAUUAUAAACCUUAUUUAAAAUGGUUUGCUCUUUCCUUCAAAUAUCUCACUAUAAUAUUAAUAUACUUAGCUGUGGAAUUAGAAUUCAGUGAUAUUUUAAUAGUGUCUUAAUUAAGUCUUAUAUUAAAAAAAUUGUAGAAAUCAAUGUUAAUCAAAUUUAAUGCUCCCUAAUGUUGUUGAUGAUACAUCAUAUAGUUGAAUGAAAUAGAUGAUUGUACAAAAAAUCGUAAUUAUUUCGUCUAAUACCGUGAUUGAAUUUGACGAAUUAUUAACCUCGUAAAUAGUAUAAAAAUAAUUUUGCAUGUACUCUGGUAACUUAAUGAUGACAAUAUUAUCAACAUUCCGUUAUUAAACUAAUCAUUAUUGUUAUUUACGGUAUUACCCGUGCCCUGUAUAUUAUCAGGUCAUAUGACAGGAUAUACAGGCUGAUUUUUUUAAUUAUCUUUCUUUGUAGUGGCUCGAUAUUUAAAAUCUAAUAAUGAUAGUUCUUCGUCACAGAACUAGAAACUUUCUACAUAUUGGCUUUAACAUUUUACGCACGCUUUGAUUAAUAUUCGAAUCAUACCUAUACAUAAUGUAAAAAUGUGUACAUGUUACAUGUACUCAUAAACAUAAUAUUGUUUAUGAGUAACUCCGACAAUUACCUACUUACUAUAUUAUAAUUAUGUGAUACCUGAUUAAAUAAUAGACGUUCUAGAGCAUAUGUAUUAAGAAAUUAAAACAACAAUUGGUGUUAUAACAGUAGAUGUAAAUUGUGCAUAUCACAGGUGAUAUGGACAUUUGUUGGACUUUUCUUGUAUGACUUACAUAGAGUUGAUAGAUUUAAUUAGAAAUUAAAAAUAGUUUGUGCAAUUGUGUAGUUAAUACGCAUUUCUUUUAUUAAUUUAAGCAUACUUAACUAUCAGUAUUGAACUGUUAAAAUUUAAUAAAUUAUUUAAUCCUC